AUGGCGAAGCCGAGACUCAUUAUCCUCAUCAGACACGCCCAGUCCGAGGGCAACAAGAACCGCGACAUCCACCAGACGAUACCUGACCACCGUGUGAAGUUGACACAAGAUGGUUGGCAACAGGCCUACGACGCCGGCCGACGCCUGCGCAAGCUUCUGCGAGCCGAUGAUACCCUCCACUUCUUCACAUCCCCCUACCGCCGUACUCGCGAGACGACAGAGGGCAUCCUCUCCACGCUGACGUCGGACGAAGAAGACCCCUCACCAUUCAAGCGUUCCAAUAUUAAGGUCUACGAAGAGCCCCGCUUGCGCGAGCAGGACUUCGGAAACUUCCAGCCCUGCUCCGCCGAAAUGGAGCGCAUGUGGCAGGAGAGGGCAGACUACGGUCAUUUCUUCUACCGCAUCCCCAACGGCGAGAGCGCCGCAGAUGCCUACGACAGAGUUAGUGGCUUUAACGAGAGCUUGUGGCGCCAGUUCGGAGAGAACGACUUCGCCAGCGUUUGCGUGCUCGUUACCCAUGGCCUCAUGUCCCGUGUCUUCCUGAUGAAGUGGUAUCACUUCACCGUCGAGUACUUCGAGGACCUGCGCAACGUGAACCACUGCGAGUUUCUCAUCAUGCGCAAGCAGGAAGAGAGCGGCAAAUACAUCCUCGAGAACAAGCUCCGAACGUGGUCUGACCUGCGCAAGGAGCGUGCCCAGCUCAAGGAGAAAGAGGAAAAGGAGAAGACUGAGGUGGAGGGAAACCAAGAAAAGACGCCCAAAGACGCAAAAGCGUCAACUCUUCUAGAGCGCAGUAAGACCUUCACUGUGACGCGUCGCUGGGGUGGCUGUCCUAACGGAUGCAACCACAAAAGCCACUACCAGAAACGCGAAGAUCUAGACGCCCUCCGCCAGAGGGAUGAGACUGCAGCAAACGGUCACAGUGUUGCUAACGGCCACUCCCGCCACCAGUCACCCACGCCUGGCCGGAGAACGAAGCGAAUCGAGCAGGGCUACAGCUCUGACGAGGACAACGAUAACCGACCUCCGCAGAUCGACGUUAGCCGAUCCCGCCAAGAGGUAGUGUCGUCCCCGGAUGGCACUCCAUCCUUCAUCUCCGCCGAAGACCGUCUUCGCAGCAUGAUUUCGCCGCACCUUCAUGCUGGCCGUGAUUUUGGCGGCACGUUUUCGGGACGGACGUCUGUGGCAGGCAGCGACACAGAUUCAUCGGAGGAGGACGGCCACAGACCACAGAUUGCGGCCGUCACCGCCAAAGUAAAGGCCCUGGCCCUCUCCAACGGGACCGGCCACAGCGCGAACGGAAUCAACGGAUGUGACAACGGCGUUGCCGACAGCAGCACGAAUGGGGGCACAACACAAACUCAGGAAGAACAGGUGUCGGAGAAGGAGGGCAUGCGUCGAGGAGCACGCGCAAACCGCCUCGGAGACGCCCACAGCAGUGACUUGGGUUCCGAAGCGGACGACGAUGACCUGGCCCGUGCUGAAAAGGAGGAUCGUAGCAUCAGGGGUAGUGUUUACUAG